GUUCAUGAAAGGUUGAAAACCAAUACUGUCCAUUUUCCAGAACUAUCUAUUUUAUGUAUUAUUUUUUUAUAAAAAUAAAUAUGCAUCGUGAAAAAAAUUUAGUGCGAGUAUAUACCCUUGUUCAUUAGUUGUGAAAAACCGAUACUGUCUAUUUUUCAAAACUCUGCAAGUUAGCGAAUUCAAUGCAAAUAAGCUCUCGUAAAGUUGCAGGAAUGUUGCCGGAACAUUGCCGGAACAUUGCUUUCACGAACCUGUAAUCUAAGCUGUAGGCUCUCGUGAAGUUGCGGGAACGUUGACGGAACAUUGCUUUCGCGGACUCACGUUAAAUACAAAAAAUCAUUGAAAGUUGCCGCAACGUUGCCGAAAUCUCGCGGACGCUGAACGACGACGCUCCAGCAACGUUACUUCGUUACCAUAUGGGACAUAAACUGCGUUGCUUCAACGUUGCCGCAACGUUCAUGACACGAGUAUGUUAAAGUUUCAAUGUUUCAAAAAUAUGGUUGCCGCAACGUUGCUGCAACUUUCCGUGCUAUCAGGAUAAAUAGAAAGGUAGAUCAAAUUUCGUCGCCCCUUUACUAGUAUUCUAACCAUCUCAGGGAAAAUGCGAUCCAAAUCAAUUUCCACCAGCAUUUCGGUGCUGAUGCUGCAGUUGCUGGUAUUGGAAAAUCGGUUGAGCUAUAUUGUAGUGUUGGCCACCUCACAGGACGGAAACUUGGUAUUCAAUAUGUGCACGAAAAAUGAGACGAUCUCGGUUCAGUUGACGAGUAAGUACGACGGCACGGGAGUAAGCUGCCAGUGCCAAACAUCUCCCGCGGCUGAUCUCCAUAAGGAAGAUUACGUCUAUACUCCGGGUAUUGGAUCGCAUCGCUUUCACACUGAAGCGAAACCGUGGAACGAGGCUCGCAGAAUCUGCUACGACGAGGGCGCUCACCUGGCCAUUAUUAAUUCCAAAGCUGAGGAGGCUAAAUUAUUGGACAUGAUGCGGAAAUCGGAGAGUUUGGUCAGAGGCAGCACGAAUGGCGAAGAGGCGCUGCUCGGCAUUCACGACUUGUAUAAGGAGGCUGACUGGGUCACAAUAUUCGGCGAGCCGCUUGCUUCGACUGGCUACGCAGGCUGGUCAUUGACUUACUGGAACGGACAACCAGACAAUCGUGAUAAUCGCCAGCACUGCGGGGCUCUUAUUAAUCAGGGUGGCCUUGACGACGUCGAUUGUACCGACAAAUUCGCCUUUUUUUGCGAGUUACCGCUCGCUUGCUAAGAUAAUGCUCAAAUACACCAAGUAUUUUACCGAAUUUUUAUUUACCGUUGUAGCUUAAUGACUGGCCUUUUUUCUGAGAGUUAUAGAUCGUUGUUGUAUAAUAUGAGCACGUUUUAUUGUUAAAUGAAUGUUUAGACUUUACAAGGUGAUUUAAAUUUAAAAUGAUGGAAAAAGUAGCUGCAAAACUUAUUAAAAUUUUCAUAUAGGCUGUCUUGUAAAAAUAUAGUUUCCAUAUUAAGAAGGCUGUAUCAAAAAUGAAAAAAACUUUAGAUCGGAGUGAAACUUUGACAGAUGAAAGUUUUUGAAAUUACAAGAUUUUUGGUGAAAAAAAUUUGGGGUUUUCAUGCUAAGUUGGAAAAUAAUGAAAUUAAAAGUUUUAACAUUGAAUUGUAUGGGAAGUGGUAGUUUUUAGUGUACUGUGAGCUCAAAUCACUUUACAAAUCAAUGAAAUUAAUACAUGUUAUGGGAAAUCUUAUUUGCUUUCAAAUGAUAUUGUAACAUCCUACGACGAAUAGCCUACGCCAAGGCAACCUGCCAAUUCCGCGCUCCGACUUAACGCGCCUGGACACAACGAUCCGGCCUGCAAGACGCAUCGAUGAAAUAUUCAAACUAAAAAACAUUUUAAAAUCAAAACAAUAGGAAACAAAAUCAGCUCUAUAAGAACAGCUGUAAAAUGUGUAACGUCUUUAUGAAUAUUAAAUAUAGAAUUGAACAUUAAACAAUUUAAGUAAUUUGAUCUACAAUUCUAGCAAUUAAAUUAAAACAAAAUUCGAGUAAUUCGAUUUAAAAAAUUCAAGUAAAUCAAUUUACGAUAGAAAAAAAGCGCUGCAAGAUGAGCAACU